GGAUCUGAACCGUUUGCUCUCCUCUGCAGAUCACCUUGAGUGAUGCCCAAGAAGUUCCAAGGGGAAAACACCAAGUCGGCUGCUGCCCGCGUGAGGAAGGCUGAGGCAAAGGCAGCAGCCGAUGCCAAACGGCAGCAGGAGCUGGAAGAUGCCUACUGGAAGGAUGAAGACAAACACGUGAUGAGGAAGGAACAGAGGAAGGAAGAGCGGGAGAAGCGGCGCCUGGAGCAGCUGGAGCGCAAGAAGGAGCUGCAGCGUCUGCUGGAGGAGGAAGACUCAAAGCUGAAGGGGAAGUCACCCAAGCAGGUCACUCCAGGCAAAGUCACCAGGGCCCAGAUCGAGGAGACAAUCAGGAAAGACCAGCAGCAGAAGGAGAACGCAGAGACAGUGGAGAAGGAGAAGACUCACUUGGAGGUCCCCUUGGAAGAGAACGUCAACAGAAGGGUACUGGAGGAAGGAUCAGUGGAGGCCAGAACGAUUGAAGAUGCCAUUGCUGUCCUCAGCGUUGCCAAUGACCUGGAUCGGCACCCGGAGCGCCGGAUGAAAGCCGCCUUCACGGCCUUUGAGGAGCUCAACCUGCCACGCCUGAAGCAGGAGAACCCCAACAUGCGCCUGUCCCAGCUCAAGCAGCUCCUCAAGAAGGAGUGGAUGAAGUCUCCAGAGAACCCCAUGAACCAGCGGCACAAGGCUUACAACAGCCAGAAGUAGAACUAGAGCUGAGCAAUCACACACACCACCCCCCAUGGAGAGUGGGCUGGAGCCCUCAGGGCUCUGCUCCCAGGAGAACAGGAGACAUGAGGAACCCCCUCUCCUUUUGUUUCCUUUUCCCUACCCCAGUUUCUGUCUGUUCUUGGAUUUAAGAUAGGCACAAGGCCACAGCUCAGGACCCUGCAUGGUCCUGUCCCCCUGGGCGUGCUGGUGCAGCAUGACCAGGACACACCACUGCCAGCCUCCUGUCCCCUAAGCCACUUGUUACAACAAAACCAAGCUACUGACUCGCUUCCAGCCCUUCAGUGCUCCCAGGGUGCAGCCUCAGCGCUGCUUCCUGCCAAGGUGGGGACCCCCCAGCAACCUUUUCCAGGCUGGACUUCACCCAAACUGCAUCACCCCAACUCUGCGUCCUCAUCCUCUGCAGGGUGAGUAUUUCUUGCAAGCACCAUGAGGAAGGCACCUGCCCGCUGUUGCUUGUGUCAUCUUGGGUGCUGGGAUGUCCCCACAUUGAUUCCAGACUGGGAUUGCUGUUGGCAUUGCUUGCUGCCAGCCACCUCUGGGUCUCAGCUGGAGUUAGAUGGGGAGGAGGAACCACAACGGGAGCAGAAGCUCCAUCAGCAAAGAGUUACAGGGGAAGAGGGAAAACAACCUUACACCUUCGAGGAGGAAGAGGAGAAAUCCCCCAGCACAGCGCAAUCCCUGCAGGACACUGGUGUCACACUUCUCUCUUGUCACCUCCCUGGGGGCCUUUCCCAGAGCCUCACACGUUGCUGGGGGGACAGGAGCUCCUGGAGGGGCUGUGACCCUGCACAACGAAUGAGCUGCCUGUCUCCAGCAGGGAAGCUGCUGCUUCUCCUAUCACUGCUUCCCCUGACUGCUCCCAGGCUCGGGCAGGAGCCUGUGGAAGGAUAUUGGGAAUGUUGGCUCAGCCACUGCUGCACCAAGGGCAUGAACCUGCCUGUGCCAGUGCUCCAGGAGAAGAAACAGGUGAGCUCCUCUCCAUGACCAAGCACUGGGAUUUCCUCUCUUCCCUUCUCACAUCUCUUCUGGUCUCCUUUGGGAACGAAACUCCUUCCUGGGACCUAAAACCCGUGCCUGUUGCUGUUGGUGCUUUACCUGUGUAGAUCAGCAGGGAAUGCCAACGCCAGGGCUGGCUCAGCAUCCCGCUGGCACUCCUUCCCAUGGUGUGGCACCACCAGGGCUCAUCCCGGGCACUGAGUGGCCCCUAUUCCUGCACGGGGUUGCUCCUGAGAGAUGCUGGAGCCCUGGAGGCAGCAGCAGCAGCAUUUGCACUUGGGUGGGUCGAGGAGCAGCAGCAGUGGCUGUUUUGGGGCUCUCUUGCACCCUGCUGAGGGGGCAGCUGGGCCAGGGUGUAUGUUCCCCCCCAGGUAAAUGCAGGAAGGAAGGUGCCCAGUGCCCCUUCCCCCCCCACCCCCAUUCUGUGAGGAGUUUGUUGUGUUUGAACCCCAUUAAAAACAAUAAAUCCCAA